AUGGGUGUGGAUUACUACAAGAUUCUGCAAGUUGACAAGAAUGCAACAGAUGAUGAUUUGAAGAAGGCUUAUAGGAAGCUUGCCAUGAAAUGGCAUCCUGAUAAGAAUCCAAAUAAUAAGAAAGAAGCUGAGGCUAAAUUCAAGGAGAUCUCUGAAGCUUAUGAGGUUUUGAGUGAUCCUCAGAAGAGAACAAUUUAUGAUCAGUACGGUGAAGAAGGGCUUAAAGGUCAGGUGCCACCACCAGAUGCCGGUUUCCCUGGGGGAGCAACUUUCUUCCACACUGGAGAUGGUACAACUACGUUUAGAUUCAAUCCGAGGAAUGCCAACGAUAUUUUUGCCGAGUUCUUUGGCUUCUCUAGCCCGUUUGGAGGAAUGGGACGGGGUGGCGAACCUGGCGGUGGCAUGAGGGGUGGUUCAAGAGCUUUUGCUGGAAUGUUUGGUGAUGAUAUAUUUACUUCUUUUGGUGACGGCAGAUCAAUGAAUCAAGGUCCCCGCAAAGCCCCUCCAAUAGAAAAUAAACUUCCUUGUAGCCUUGAAGAACUCUACAAAGGAACGUCGAAGAAGAUGAAGAUCUCAAGAGAAAUUGCAGAUGCAAGUGGGAAAACUUUGCCAGUAGAGGAAAUUCUAACCAUUGACAUCAAGCCUGGAUGGAAAAAGGGAACAAAGAUCACCUUCCCGGAGAAAGGCAACGAGCAACCUAAUGUUAUUCCUGCAGAUCUCGUAUUCAUAGUUGAUGAAAAGCCACAUAGCACGUAUGUCCGGGAGGGUAACGACCUCGUCGUAACACAGAAGAUUUCGCUCUCAGAGGCAUUAACUGGAUACACCGUCCACCUUACAACACUGGAUGGAAGAAGACUGACCAUCCCAAUAAACAAUGUGAUUCAUCCAAGCUAUGAGGAAGUUGUUCCAAGGGAAGGUAUGCCAAUACCAAAAGAACCAUCGAAGAGAGGUAACCUGAGAAUCAAGUUCAACAUCCAAUUCCCCAGGAGGCUAACUGCUGAGCAGAAGUCUGGAAUCAAAAAAUUGUUGGCUCCAUAGAGUGUGUUAAAUUAUUGUUUGAGAAUAUACAAAUCUGAGUUAAAAGCCUUGUGAAUAUUUCUUACAUUGUGAUCUAAUUUUUGUUUUUCAUCUGCCUGAGAGAGUGGUGGAAGGAGAGAGAGCUGCCAUCUUAAUUAUUAGUUUGUGUUAUAUAGGAGGAAAAAAAAAACAAUACAACCGUGUUCUUAUGAAUUGGAAAGAUUCAAUGAAGGCGAUGGUGUAAUUCUGUAAUGCAAUAAUCUCUGCAGCUCCAAAGAUUUAAAUCAA